AUGAGCGUCGUCGCCGCAUCCACGUUCGCGCCCUUCUCCGCGCGCGUCCGCUCGGCGAUCCCGGCGAGGUCCCGCCGCGCGUCGCCCUCUUCGACCCGCCGCCCCGUCGCGACCGCGCGCGCCGAGGCCGAGGCCGAGGCUGGGGGCGAAGGGUCGACUUUGUCGACGACGCCGCGGACGGCGGGGCGACGCGCGGGGCUGGCGGCGGGCGCGGGGCUGGCGCUCGCCGCGGCGGCGUUUCCCGCGCGCGCGAUCGGCGGCGCGGCGGUGGGUCUGCCCGACGUCGUCGAGCUCACCCCGGACAACUUCGCGAAGCAGGUCGAGGUCCCCGGGACGACGUUCGUGGAGUUCUACGCGCCGUGGUGCCCCUUCUGCCAGAGGCUGGAGCCCAUCUGGAACGAACUGCCGAACCGCCUGAAGGAAAAGGGCGUGGACACGAAGAUCGCCCGGAUGAACGUCGACACCUACGUCGACUACGGCGAGCGCUUCGGGGUGACCGGCUUUCCGACCCUGAUGCUGUUCAAGGACGGGCGUCCGGUGGGGCAGAAGACGGGCUUGACGGACAUGAACACGCUCAUGAAGUACGCGGGGUACAAAGAGUCCGGGCCCCUCGCGGCGCUCGCGGGCGCCGGCGCAGAGAUGAACCUGGUGCUCAGCGGCGAGCAGGUGCAGUCCGCGGCGGACGAGCUGAACGAGCUGCGGAGGAUGAUAAACGGCGAGGUGGACGGGGAUAAGGCGUCGGCGCUGGCGCACAUCGACGCGGUCGAGCGGCUGUUCGCCAAGCGCGCGCUGUGACAGUCGUCGGUUGGUUAAGCGUCUACUCCAGAGCAAGAUUAAGUGUCGACUCAAGAGCUAAUAA